AACACGGGAAGUUACUGAAUGUAGCGUGGAUCGAACAUUUUAUCCUUCAAAAGUGAGGUUACGCUCGUAAGAAGGCGAUCGAAGCUAUCUAUUUGGCGAUAAAAACGACUUAACAAGGUAAGCUAAUCGGAUGCUCGAUAUCUUUGAGAUUACUUUUUCGGUCUGUCCAAUAGCAACGUUGCAAAUACUGUAAACAAUGAGUCGAGGACAGUUAUAGCGAGAAGAUUUUUCACAUCACUGCCGGCGUGUGCUUUGGACAACUGCACAGAUAAAGCAAAAACAUCUGAACAAAGAUCUGAACGGCCCUAGAUGGAGCAUGUGAUCGAUAAUGUCACGAAUCUUUCGGCAGUACUUAGUUUAUUUAUCUCUGUCCAAAUUUUGUGUAAAAGAUUGCUUCUGUCAAAUUUGCGGCAAGAUUAGUUCACAUGUAGGUCGCUGCUAAGCCAGUGAAUUUUUACGAUCCGUAAAUGCUUGUUAUCAAGCUACAGCUGUUUUUAUUAAAGUAUUAAAAGUUGCGAAAAGAAAGAAUUCUGUUGGUCACGAUUUUAGUCGAUGAAUGGAAAUAAUGGUCGUCACGUGACUUACUAUAUAUACCGUAAAAGCACGAGUUGUAGUUAAAAUUUUCCUGUGCGCACGUCAUAUUCAUUUUAUUCAAUAUUAAUCUCUUUCCGUGUUUAUUGACACAUUAAUUUUCUUAAAGAUAGCUUUGGUUAAGCUAUUUUUAAGUAAAAAGAAGUUCCAGAGAUUCCAUAAUUUCCAUUCUGAUUAGAUUGUAAAAUUCUCCCAUGUUUAGUUUCCCACAGUCUAUCACGGCAAGAGAAGAAGGAGAGGAAAUGGAGAAACCUUGCAUUUUCAGUAAUGUUUUAGUCAUGUGCAAUGCAACUUUCAGAACUAGUUUGUGCAAUAACAACUAUGGGCUCAGAAAUUUCCAGCGUGCAGUCUCAACGGGGCAUGUCUGUAUUCUACGUUAAAUGAAACCUGUUUUGAAAACCAGUAAGUUUCGUCCAGGAAAUGUUGUCGGCGGCUACAUGAAAGAAUGGUAGAGAUUUCUCUCAAUCCUAUCUUUUUUCUUUUUCUGUGAGGGAGUUCUGCUAGCAGGGAAGUGUGACUAACAGAAUUGUUCCGUUAAUAUUUGGCCAUAACUUUUAAACUGCCACCAGUCCCGACAACAAUGACCCUUGCAGUUUUUGUCUUUGUAUGCCUGACUUAUAAGUUGACAGAGGUUUUUUUUAUUGCCACAUGUAUUAUCAGUUGUAGUGUAUUUAAAGAGGUCAGGAUUUUGAUAACUAAUAUUAUUUUUGUUUCCUGUACACCAGAUUCACCAUGAAGUGUUUGAUGCUUAUAGCAUUAUCUUUUGGAAUCUCUGUGGCAUGGCCCCCUAAACCCAACUCUGAUCCUCUGGAGGAUCCUAGCUGGAAGGCAUGGAAGUCAUUUCAUGGUAAAAGCUAUGGUGACGUUGGUGAAGAAAGAGUUCGUAAUUUCAUCUGGCAAGACAACCUGAAAAAAAUUGUUUCCCACAAUGAAGUGCAUAAAUAUAAACUAGCAAUGAAUCAUCUUGGAGACUUGGUAAGAGUAAUGUCAAUAACUUUUUUGUAAAGUAAGAUGAAAGUGUUAAGGUAUUCAUUAACCCGUAAUUUGAAAAUUAUUAAAAAAUAAAAUUGCAUCAGUGAAGAAGAACAAUAAUUUUCAACUUUUGAUCUAGGCUUGAUCUUCUCUGUCCUCUUGAGUCUGGUCUGCUCUGCUCAUUUUCUUUGAACAGUGGCUGGUCCUCAAACCUACAUUUGAUCUACACCAACCUGGUUUAACUUGUUAUUACAUGUAAAGUUAUUUUAAUAUGAUAAAGUGAUAAUGAUUUAGAAUAUGAAGUAUGUGCAUUUAGUUUAGAGAGUUACCAUACUAAACAAACUCUUUGAUUCUUCUAGACAUCACAAGAAGUCAAGGAGAUGUUAAAUGGAUAUAAGAUGAGAAAAAACCCAAAGGAUUCUAAAGAAAAAGCCUCCACAUACCUUCCACCAGCAAACCUAAAGAUACCAGACACUGUUGAUUGGAGAGAGGAGGGGUAUGUUACCCCUGUUAAGAACCAAGGUCAUUGCGGAUCAUGUUGGUCUUUCAGUACAGUAAGUUGAUUUGUUUUUGAUCUACUUACUGUGUUUCCUCGAAUAAUAGCUGUCCCUUGAUUAAUCUCCUCCCUCGAAUAAUCACCCCCCGUUGACGGAAAUACUUAAAAUAAUCACCUCCCUUGAAUAAUCGCCACUCCUCCACCCCUCUUGCCAUCUUCUCUUCCUUUUAUCCCCUCCCUGUUAAGCUGAAGUGCAAUGAGAUUCAGCAAAACUGAUCAGUGACGAUUUAAGCUUUGAAAAUUAAUCAAGGAACUUAAUUUGGCACACUUAAAAAGCCCAUGUUCAGUUUAUUUGACAUGAUUAUUUUUUGAUUUAAUAGGAAAAUAAAACAAAAUAUUUAGGGCAGAACUUCCAGUAAGCAAUAUUUGAAAUAAUUGCCUUCCUCAAAUAAUCUCCUUCCCUAGAAUAAUCGCCCCCUUUCUGUGCAAAAAAAUAAAUAAUCUCCCCCGGCUAUUUUUUGAGGAAAUACGGUAAUUUUGUUUCCAUUUUGAGAAGAAUUGAGAGAGGUACUCGAGGGACGUUUGGGUGAGGCCUUCAAAUGCUGACCCUGUUUAAAACAAAAAAUGGUUGAGUUUGCUACGCAAUAAAUUAAAGAGAUGAGACCUUGUUUUAAAGCCUGAAUCCAUUUUGUUUUGUAAUCAGAAUUAAUCUUUAAACUGGCAUUAUCAAAUUAGAUUUUAGGGGGAAAAUUUGCUGACCAAAAAAAUUAAUGUAGAUAACUAAUAAUUGCCAACUCUUCACACUCUUCAAAAUGACACCUUGUUCAGGAUGCUAAAUAUUGGAAUAAAUUUUGUACACCCUGUUAAGACUCGUGACCUGGAAAACUGACCAGGAUGAAAAUAUUGUUCUUUACCAGUCUUAUCAAGGUGUUUCAAUGAUAAUUGCUUCACUUAGAUAUUUUGAUCACUUGUUCUUUUCAGACUGGAUCACUGGAAGGCCAAAACUUUAGAAAGACUGGCCAGCUUGUUUCUCUUAGUGAACAGAACUUGGUUGAUUGUUCAUCGUCUUAUGGAAACAAUGGUUGCCAUGGAGGUCUUAUGGACAAUGCCUUUAAGUACAUCAGGGACAAUGGGGGAAUUGACACUGAGUACAGUUAUCCUUACCAAGCUCAGGUAAAGAAAUAUGAAAUAUGUAUAUCCUUGUUUCUGUGUUGGAAAUGCAGAGGGAAAACUGCGUAAUAUUGAGAAGGGAAGAUGUCAUGCUAUGCAUGAAAUGACACUCGGGCAGAUAAUUUCUUUUACACAAUGUGCAGUAAGUUCUACAAGAGGUAGCCUCUUGAUUAAUAGUGUGUAUCUUUGCGUGCAUUUUCAUUUUCAUCUGAACAAGUUUGAAAAUCUGUUGCCUCAAGGUCCCGGAUUUUGGAAGCCGUAUUUUUGUCCUGGCGUUUAACCCUUUAUCCCUAACAUUCCCUUACAAGUUCUCCAGACAGAUGUCCAUGUUAAUUUUUUAAGAAUUAGUUGGGAGAUUUUAUUUAAUGAUCAAUGUAUUUUUCCUUUCAUGAUCAUUUUAUUAAUUCAUCGCACCAUUUCUCUUGAUGAUGUAUUGAUUUUCUUGGGAGAAAGUAGCAGGUGAUCACAUGGCAUACCACGGAGACUAAAGUUUUCUUAAUUUCAUUUUUCUUUAGGUCGGUUAUUGUCGCUUUAAUGCUUCUGAUGUUGGUGCAACUGACACUGGUUAUACAGAUAUUCCAUCUGGUGACGAAGAUUCCCUCCAAUCAGCUGUGGCCUCUGUUGGUCCGAUUUCAGUAGCAAUUGAUGCUAGUCAUCGUUCUUUCCAGUUUUAUCAUACAGGUGUAUAUGAUGAACCAGCCUGCAGCAGCACGCAGUUGGAUCAUGGUGUUCUUGUGGUAGGUUAUGGAAAUGAUGAUGGUCAAGAUUACUGGCUUAUCAAGAACAGGUCAGUUACAUACUAAAUCUUCCCUUUGUUUAACCCUUUAAGACCCGUGAUCUACAUUCAAAUUCUCUAGACAGAAUGUUAUACAUAUCCUUAACCCAUUUGCUCCUGGAGAGUUUGCCGAAAAACGCGUUUUGAAGCUAGCCGAGUGGUUUUCUGGUCACUGUCAUGCUAAAAAGAGCUAAAACUUACCACAAACCGGUUUACAGGUCGUACACUUCGCGGCCUUCUGAUCCAGAUGCAAAAUAUCAGCUUGCAAAGUUCGGGCAUGCACAGAAAGCAAAAUUUCUUGACUUUUACUUUUCGCUUUCUCUCCUCCCUUCUUUUUUCGCUUUUCUUGCCUCAUUUUUUUUCUCUUGCUGGGCAUUAAGUAGGCUUCAUUUUGGUGAGAAUAGUUUUUAGGAAAGGUUUUAGGAUCUUAGGAUUAGGUGAAAGGAAAGGUAGGUGGGCAAUGGAACAAGAUUUUCAUGGACAUUUUCAGGUCCAUGUCACGUGGUUUUUUGCUUCUUUCUCCGGUGUCCUUGACUGAACUGUGCUCAUUCUGGUAUGGUUUGAAAGAUCUCUUCACUCUGCACAAGUUAGCGAAGAAAGUUGUCCUUGACCGUUAAAACUGAUAAUGUCACAAAGGGUAGAAAGGACAUGGAUCCGCACGGGCGGUUACAGGCAAAUGGGUUAAAGAAUCAGUUGAGGAAAUUAGAUAAAAGAUCAAUGCACUUUUUGCCUUUGGUGAUGAUUGUAAUGUAAUUGUUUAGUUCCCAUCAGUCUCAGCGGGCAGGCUAGUUUUACCAUGUGCUCAAUGUAUUAUUGUUCUUGCUCAAUUUAAGCUGUUGUGUUGAUGUAUUCUUGCCAGUUUUGCCACACAAUAAUGUUACAUAGUGUCUAGAAGUUGGUAAGAAGAACCAUGACAUCUUUUCAAGUGCACAUUUCUUUUUGGAUCAUUAUAGUUUUCUGGGAAACUGCCCCCCUACCCCUCCCCUAAGCCAACAU